AAAAAUUACUCAAGAAUUAAGUAUUAAACCAACUAUUUCUCAUUCUCUUGGUGGUCUCUGGGAGCCUGUCCUGUAUUACCAGCCUCAUUAGAAGAGAAAACGAAUUUCCUGCUUGUUCUCCCUUCGGCUCUCGUCCUGAUUUGCCUGACUUUCCAGCCGUAGCGCAGCCGGGAUUUGCAUACAGGUGUCUUGAGCCUCGUUUGAUAGUCAAAUCAGGCAGCUCGUCUUUCUCACUCUCCGAGCUGCGCAGCCAGCAUCCAGUCGCAGUCUGAGAGGAACGCCGGGGAGUGCCGACCGACAAACACCUAUUCGUCAUCUACGCCUCUUCUUCCCUCGCAAUAGCCGGAGAGAAGCUACUUUCAGCGGAUACUGUCGCCGUAGAAGCCCGAUCGGCGUCGUCUAUCCUCCGGUCCUCUCCGGCAGGCCGGAAGCAGCUGCAUCAUGGCAGAGUUAGACGUCCCACAGAUGAAGAGAGAAGUGGAAAGUCUUCAGUACCAACUGGCGGUUAACAGAGAAAAAUCCUCCAUUACUGUAACGGAGCUGGUGAAGUGGAUCGAAGGCUGUGUUUGUGAAGAUCCAUUUCUGAACCCUGAGCUGAUGCGAGCCAACCCCUGGGUAGAAAAGGGCAAGUGUGUGAUCCUGUAAUGGUGACACACACAAUCAAAGAUGUAUAUAAUCUGAAAAAAAAAA